GAUCCUCUCGAAAUGCCUCAUUUCCUGCAGAAUUCCAGUCUCACUUCACCAAAGCCGCCUCCCAACCGGCGCCGCCGCCGCGUCCGCCGCCCGCAAAGUAAUCCCAAUCCGCUCAAUGUCUACUUGGUCCUCACAACCCUCAUCUACCAGAGAAUCAGACAACAAGGAAGCUAAUGAAGCCUCCAUAGCUCAAGUGUUGCGAUACCACAACCAGACAAAGCACUCCUUCAACAACUACGCCCGCGGCCCUCGCGGCCUGGACUGGGCAAACCAGCCGAACCCUUUCCGCCGCUACGCCGCCGCCCCACUCGUCCCUCUCCUGCACCCUCCCUCUCCCAAUUCCGGCGAAUCCCCUCUCUACGCCGAGGUCUUCCCUUCUCUCCCGUCUCCGAGAUCCCUUUGUCUCUCUACCAUUUCCCGGCUUUUCUACGAUUCUCUCGCCUUAUCAGCUUGGAAAACGGCCGGGGCUUCAACCUGGUCCCUCCGGGUAAACCCUAGCAGCGGGAAUCUGCAUCCUACUGAGGCGUAUCUCAUUUCUCCCCCGAUCGAAUCCCUUUGCUCUCACGGUUUCGUCGCCCAUUAUGCUCCGAAAGAGCAUUCUUUGGAGAUCAGAGCAGAAGUGCCAUUCGAAUCCCUUGCUCGGAUAUUACCAAAGAAUUCUUUUCUUGUUGGGCUGUCCUCAAUUUUUUGGAGGGAGGCAUGGAAGUAUGGAGAAAGGGCUUUUAGGUACUGCAAUCAUGACGUGGGGCAUGCCAUUGCCGCGGUUGCUAUGGCUGCAGCUGGGCUAGGGUGGGAUGUCAAGGUUCUUGAUGGGUUAGGCUAUGCAGAGUUGGAGAAGUUAAUGGGUCUUGAUUGCUUUCCGAACUUCAAAAUUCCUGACAGGCCGGUGAAAGGGAGAAUGCCUGAAAUUGAGUUCGAGCAUCCCGAUUGUGUUCUUUUGGUUUUCCCUAGUUCAUCAUUGGUUGAAUAUAAUGUGGAUUAUAACGAGUUAAUCUCUGCUAUUUCGGAGUUGUCUGUUGUGGAGUGGAAGGGUAAGCCUAAUUUGCUUAGUAAAGAGCAUGUUUGUUGGGACAUCAUUUAUAGAACUGCGGAAGCUGCAAAAAAACCCGUUACAAUGUUGGAAGGAUCAAUCAUAGACCCCUUUCAGAGAAGUGGGAUGCUUGGCGAAAGUUGUUACAAGGGAUAUAGUUUGAGAGAUAUUGUCAGAAAAAGAAGAAGUGCGGUUGAUAUGGAUGGCCACACUGGCAUAGCGAAAGAAACAUUUUAUCAAAUCUUGUUGCAUUGUAUGCCUUCAGGUUUUGGGAGUGGAUUAAAGCAUGGAAGGCAAUUGGCAUUGCCAUUUAGGGCACUUUGUUGGGAAUGUGAAGUAGAUGCUGUUCUUUUUGUCCAUAGGGUUGUGGGCUUGCCUAGCGGCUUGUACUUCUUGGUGAGGAAUGAAAACCAUUUUGAUGGAAUUAGGAAGGCCACUAGGCCAGAGUUCAAAUGGGAGAAACCGGAUGGAUGCCCCGAUGGCCUUCCUCUAUAUGAGCUUGCUAGAGGAGACUGUCAAGAACUCUCUAAACGGCUCUCGUGCCAUCAGGACAUUGCCAGUGAUGGCUGCUUCAGCCUAGGUAUGAUAGCCCAUUUCGAGCCCAUUCUGGGUGGAAAGAGAGCUUGGAUGUAUCCUAGACUGUUUUGGGAGAGUGGAGUUCUUGGCCAGGUUUUGUACCUUGAGGCCUAUGCAGUCGGCAUCUCUGCUACUGGCAUUGGUUGCUUCUUUGAUGAUCCCGUACACGAAGUUCUUGGGCUAGAUGGACCAGAGUACCAAAGCAUUUACCACUUCACAGUAGGAGGUGCGGUGGUCGACAAGCGUAUAAUGAGUUUGCCAGCUUAUCCAGGUCCAAAUCUGGAUGCUUAAUCAGCAAAACAGAGCUGUCCUCUUGCAGUUUUGACGGUCCGAUUCCUUUUGACUUGCUUCAUCUCAUGGAUGUAAGGUCUCUUAGAUACAUUCCUGAUUCGCGUGCAUUGUAAAAUAUGUGGAUAAAUAUACACAAUAAGUUUCAAUGAUAAAUAAAACUCAAGAAGUGAACAUUUAUAGAGGUUAAAGUUUAUUCUUUUGCUAGAAAUUUUACUACUCCUAACUAAUUUAAACUGUUUCCAAGAGAACCCGAAAUUUUUAGGCGAUUCUUGGCCUAAGCAAAAGUGCCACAAACACGGACUUGCAGCAGAUUAUUAGAGUUCUUCACUUCCUCAUUGAAAAUCCAAAGCAAUACAAGAGGAUGAUGCAUUAAAGUUGUGCCAAGCAAGCAAAUUUUUCAGCAUGAAAGAGAACUAUUCAUAGUUUCCGGCUCCAGAAUUUCGCCAAGCAAGAGGACACAAUGAAAGCCAGGCAUCAAAUGACAUUCGAGGUACAAUUUAAGCUCAUUCAUUACAACAACAAUACGCCCAGUAAAAUCCCGGAAAAGUAGGGUUGGGGGGGAGAGUGUCCCUUACCCCUCCCCCCGUUUGAGUUCAUUCAUUAAACUUCUUUUUAUCCACAUCAAAUAUGCUCCAACUGAAUUUGUUGAGUGGUACAUUUCAAUGACUGAACCCCACCCACUAAACAAAUACAGUAGCUCGGGACUCGGAUUCGUUUACAAGAUUUGGGUUCCAAUUGUUCACAUAUACAAACCGAUACAAAUUUCAAAAACUACCCGUAUAAUAAAUGAAUCUGUAUGUGAAUCCAAAUGUGAAAUGUUCGUUUUUUUACUCAUUGAAGUGAUUUGUAGGUGUAUUUUUCUUACAGAGUGUUAUUAUUAAGUAAUCAAAAUGCAACAUAUUG